AUGAAGAGAAGCAAUUCUGAAAUUAAAGAGAAAAAGAAGUCAACAACAACCAACAAUGAAAAGAAUACACCAUCAACAUCAUCAUCAUUGGUAUCGGAAAAGAAAAUAAUAGAUAAUAAUAAUAUAUCAUCACCACCACCAUCAAAAAAGAAGAAAAUUUCAAAAGUUUCAAAUCCUCUUCCUACCUAUGAAGGAUACAUUUCGCAAUUGGAUGAAUGUAUUAAUCAACAACAGGCACUUUCUCAUGCCAUUUCUUCUCAUGAUGGAGUUAUUGUUCCACCACAAUUUUCAUCUUCAUCACAAUUGGCAAAAUUAGUACACAUUACCAAUUGUAAUAAUAUACAUGCUAGUGUAAAGAAGGAUUUAUUAAAUAGAGAUAGUGAGGAAAAUGUCUUUCUUUCCCUUACACAAAGUGUAGUAUUUAAUGAAAUUUUAGGAGGAAAGGAUUUAAUUUGUGAAUAUUGUGCUGUAGGAAGUGUGUUUUCAAAGAUGGACGCUUUAUUUGAGGAUUGUUCUCUUUCAUAUUUAAUUCCACUUGUCACGAACGUUUACAAGGCUGUUAAAUUUAAGAGAAGUGGUUGUUUGGCAUUGAUUCUAGUUGAUUCUGAUAAAAAAUUAGAAAGACUUAGAGAUGAUAUUUUGGUUAAUAAUUUACCAUCAGCUAUUGAGGAUGAUUUGAUUUCAAUUGUAGAUGGAGAAGAAAUUGAACAGACUCCAAUUGUUAUUUCAACAUUGAAAAACAUUAUUCCAAUUUUGAAGAAACAACCUGAUUUAUUUAAGAUUAGCGCCAAAUGUGUAAUUUUCCACUUGGGAGAGGAUACAAUGACUUAUUCAUAUGGAUCAUCUGAAUUAUUUGAUCAAUUGAAAGAGUUAAAUGAAAAUUAUCUUCCAAAUAAGAGUAGUAGACAAACUAUCUUUUAUUCCAAUUCCAUAUCGAGCAAAACUACAGCAUUUGUAUUGAAAGAGCUCACUAGGGCCAAUCCACCAUUUAUCAAAUUGAGUGAUGUUAUUGCUGAAGAAGCUAUUAUUAAGCAAUCUAUUGAAAUGGAUAAGAGUAAGCAAGAGCAUUCAUAUUUGCCUGUUAAAUUCCCACUCAAACUAGUUUAUUUAUUUUCUCUCCUUUCAUUCUUGGUCAAGUAUAGAAAAUUCCAAACAGUUUACAUUUACUUUCCAAGUGCUGAAAUUUGUGAAUAUUAUGAAGUAUUAUUUGAACAUACCAAAGACUUUAAAGCAAUCUCUAAAAAAUCAUCAAUGUACUUUGUUUAUGAUGGUAUGAUUGAUAUUCCAACUUCAUCUGAUCCUUCCAAAACAGCUGUCAUUCAUUUUGAGAUGCCACAUGACAAUUCUACAUAUCUUCAAAGAAUUGGUAAUAACAGAAGAUCUAUAGCAUUAUAUACAAAGGGUCUAUCAGAUGAUGCUGACGUAUUAUUUAAAGAAAAGGCUGACCAUUUGAAAUUAUAUGACAAAUUUUCAAAUGAGGCUCAUUGUGACUUGUCGAUUCAAUUCCAAUGUGAAAAAGCUGUGGAAAAGUACAAUCAAAUUAGAGAUUUACUUAAAGCUGCUCUCAAGGCCUAUCGCUCAACACAUGCAAAAUUCCUCGAUAACACCAGUUUACAAAAACAACAAGACAAACUCAAAUCCCUCAAACACAAAAAGAAACUGUUAAAUAUUGAACAAUUCUUACAACCAUUUGCAGUAACUGAUGUGAACGUAACCCAACAAUCAUGGGAAUAUUAUUGUAACAUCUUGGUGCCUCAAAACUUUGAUGAAUAAAAUUAUUGACCUGCUAAUU